AGAGGUAGAUAUUUUAAUGAGUUGUGACAUACGAAGAUGCCAACCCUGGAUGACUUUUUAGAGCAGGUAGGAGAAUUUGAUUUCUUCCAGAAAAAAGUCCUCUUUUUUUUAUGCCUACUUUCUGCUACUUUUGUUCCCAUUUACGUGGGGAUUUUUUUCCUGGGUUUCAUCCCUGAGCACCAUUGCCAUAGCCCCAGGGUGGCUGAGCUGAGCCAGCGGUGUGGCUGGAGUCUGGAGGAGCAGCUGAAUCACACAGUUCCUGAGUGGGAUGGCCAUGGAUUCAGUUACAACAGCCGCUGCAGGAGGUACGAGUUGGACUGGAAUGCAACAGGCAUCAGCUGCACUGAACCCCUCAGAAGCCUCGUGGGCAAUGGGAGUACUGUUCCACUCGGUCCCUGCUGGGAUGGAUGGGUCUAUGACUCCUCAGGGAGCUCCCUUGUGACAGAGUUUAAUCUGGUGUGUGAGGACUCCUGGAAGCUGGACCUCUUCCAGUCAUGUGUGAAUGCUGGGUUUUUUAUUGGCUCCAUGAGUAUUGGUUACAUAGCAGACAGGUUUGGCCGCAAACUCUGCCUUCUGGUCACAGUCCUCAUCAAUGCAGUUUCGGGCGUUCUGAUGGCCUUUGCACCGAGCUACACCUGGACAGUGAUCUUCCGCCUGAUACAGGGACUGGUCAGCAAGGGGAGCUGGCUGACAGGCUACGUGCUCAUUGCAGAAUUUGUUGGCUCAGACUACCGGAGGUCAGUGGGUAUCACUUACCAGCUUGCCUUCACCCUAGGACUCCUCAUCUUCACCGCCCUGGCUUAUGCACUUCCACACUGGAGGUGGCUCCAGCUCGCGGUCACACUGCCCAAUUUCUUUUUCCUUCUCUACUAUUGGUGUCUGCCUGAGUCUCCCAGGUGGCUAAUAGCUCAAAAGCAAAAUGAUAAAGCUAUGGAAGUUAUUAAGCGCAUUGCCAAGGGAAAUAAGAAGAAGCUACCUCUUGCUUUCCAGAAUCUCAGUUCUGAAGAUGAAGAUGGAGAAAAGUUGAAACCUUCAUUUGUAGACCUGGUCAGGACACCUCAGAUCAGAAAAUACACAUUCAUUUUGAUGUACAGUUGGUUCACAAGCUCUGUCCUCUACCAGGGGCUCAUCAUGCACAUGGGAAUAGCCGCUGGGAACAUGUAUCUGGAUUUCUUCUAUUCGGCUCUUGUGGAGUUCCCAGCCGCCUUCAUCCUCAUGUUAACACUGGAUCGCAUUGGCCGUCGCUACACCUGGGCUGCAGCUAACAUGAUGACCGGGGCUGCUUGCCUGGUUACGGCAUUCGUCCCAGACUCUCUUUAUUGGCUUAAAAUGACUGCAGCUUGCUUGGGCAGGAUGGGAAUUACCAUGUGCUAUGAAAUUAUAUGCAUGGUAAAUCCUGAGCUGUAUCCAACAUUUCUCAGGAAUCUGGGAGUCCUAGUCUGCUCCUCCCUGUGUGACCUUGGUGGGAUCAUAACACCCUUCCUUGUGUACAGACUGGCGGAGCUCUGGCACGAACUGCCCCUCGUCAUCUUUGCUGUGAUUGUUCUAAUAGACAGUGGCUUAGUUUUGCUCCUACCUGAAAUGAAGGGAAAGGCUCUGCCUGAAACCAUUGAAGAUGCUGAAAAUCUGCACAGAUGCCUAGGUGAACAUGUGGUAAAAGGAGUCCAAAGUCUGUCCAGUGAGAGUCUCAAAAUUAACCAGCAACUUCUUGGAAACAAAGAAGGCAGCCAGGUAACCCCUGGGCUUCCCCAAGGGCCUCUGGACAGAGGUUUUGCCCAAUUUCAAGGGAAAGCUGUUUCAGGCAAAAGCAACACCAAUCCACCCGCAGUCAAACCAAGAAUAGCUUCAAAUCAAACACAGACACAAAGGGCUUGUGAGCAUAUACCAACCACAGCCUGAUAGAAAGGACGUGUCAACAGCAUUUUAUUAUCUUCUUCAUACAAGAUGUGCACCUCAAGCCUCUAUAUGCAAAGCUGCCAUGCCUCCUCUGGAGGAUGUGGCUACCAUAGAGAGACAGCAACAAGACAAGUUCUCUUGUGAGGUAUGCACCAAACUAGGACACCUCAGACUGGACAGGCAAUCCUUCUGUCUUUAGAGGAAGGUUUUAUAGCAGAAGGAACCCUUUCCAUUGCAAGAGUAUGGCAGAAAACCUAUUCUAUUUCUAUGCUAUUCACAUAAGAUUAGAAAAUACAUACAGAACGUAUUGUCUCCUAAAAAAUGUGAUUAACUUCUCCACCAAUAAUUUCUUUUACCCAGCUUGUACAUAUUUGGCAUAUAUAUUUUAAAUCUACUAAGCACCUUCUAGAUGCCCUGUCUGUUAAAAACUGCAUAUUUUUAUUCAACACAUUUUUCUAUAAAUAAUGUGCUGAUCUAAAGACUCAGAAAAGUGUUGCAGACCCUGAACUGAGAGUUCAGGUCACUAGUCUGCAAACACUUAUCUUGCAUAUAUUUACCAACCUCUUUCCAAAUAGCUGAAAAAUAGCCAGUUAACAGACUGUAGGAAAAGCUGAAGCAUAACAGCUGUAUUUGUAUUCCCUUGAACAGGCAAUUCUGUAGUUAUGUGAAAUUUGAGGGUUUGGCUCCUGGACUGAGACAAUAUAUCUCACAGAAGAACAGUAAUUCAUCAGCUUUGAAUCCAUCAAAUAUUAAUCUCAAAUUUUUUCUCAGCUCUUUGCCACCUGUCAAACCUGUAUUCACCUCUGACUUCCUUUAAAACGCAAGGAGAAAUAAUAAGGGCAAAGGAGACAUGAAAGCAUAAACAAGCUCCAGGUUGCCAUAAACUGAAAGCUAUGGCUUCAUAGACAGCAAGAGGCUUCUGCUGAACUUACAGCAGCUGCCUCGGUGGUUUUUCCCUCCCUUCGAAAUUCAGGUCCCACUGGUGCACCCUGGGAGAGGUCAGCAAGGACGUAAGGUGGCACUUACUGAAGACGAUCAGUGGCAGAU